GGUUCAUUCAUCUUAUCCAGAGAGAGAGGUGAGUUAACACGAAGGUUAUUCUACAUGAGGGAGGGAGAUCUGGACCAAAGCACAGCUGCAAAACAACCGAGAGGCUUUUAUUUGUAGCAGUUUAUUCGAUUUCCAAUCAUCACAGGAGAGGUGAAGCAUCAUGGGGAAACACAACAGUAAGCUGGCCCCGGAGGUUCUGGACGACCUGACCAAGAACACCGAAUUCAACGAGGCUGAGCUGAAGCAGUGGUACAAAGGUUUCCUCAAAGACUGUCCCACCGGCAUCCUCAACCUGGAGGAGUUUCAGCAGCUCUAUGUUAAGUUUUUCCCGUAUGGUGACGCUUCAAAGUUCGCCCAGCAUGCAUUUCGGACGUUUGACAAGAACGGCGAUGGGACCAUCGACUUCAGAGAGUUCAUCUGCGCUCUGUCCAUCACCUCCAGGGGAAGCUUCGAGCAGAAACUCAACUGGGCCUUCAACAUGUACGAUCUGGACGGAGAUGGGAAGAUCACUCGACAGGAGAUGCUGGAGAUCAUCGAGGCCAUCUACAAGAUGGUCGGCACUGUGAUCAUGAUGCGGAUGAACGAGGACGGGCUGACCCCUCAGCAGCGUGUGGACAAGAUCUUCUCCAAGAUGGACAAGGACCACAACGAUGAGAUCAGCCUGGACGAGUUCAAAGAAGCCGCCAAGUCCGACCCGUCCAUCGUCCUACUGCUGCAGUGUGACAUGCAGAAGUAGAGAGAGGCAUGGGGGGAGACAGGAAGGGAGGGAGUGGAUGGAUGGGGGAUGAGUUGAACUGAAACAAGAGAAGGGAGGAGGAUGAGAGGAGGGAGGAGAGAGGAAGGAAAGGGAGGGAUGCAGAUUUUGGGAGGAGGCGGAGGAGGUCACGCUUAUUCCUUAUUUGAGGCAGUGAUGACUGGCAAAAAGCUGUGUUUGAAUAACAUUGGACAUCCGAUUGAUGCCAUUCUUUUAUUUCCAGUACAGGUGAGCUGUACACACUGACGCACUUUUACUACCAAAUUUCCCCAGACAUUGCACAUGUGUCCUAAUUUCCCCAAAUGACUAAUCAGACCAUCAUUCUUAAUUAUAUAUUUCCAAAGCAAUUUGCUUCCAAUUUACUCAAGUAAACAUGGAUUUCACAGGUUUUUCGGGGGAGAUAUGCUCAUUUGCUUUCCUUUUGAGAGUUAGAUUAAAAGAUUGAUACCACUUAAACGACAAUGGGACUAUUUGAAAAAGCAGCAAUGGCAUUAAACCAACACAGGGUUUGUUGUUUAGUCCACAUGGUCCAGCUAGAGGGACAAGAGAGAAGCAAAUGGUAUGCUGACACAGAGAGAAUUAAAUUAAUAAACAAUAUGCGCAGGUGUUAUUAGGUGUCCAUAUGCUAGAACUCGCACGUGGAUCUUACAAGAAAAAUAGACUUUAGAAGCCCAGAUCAAACUGACCCCUCUGCAUGUGUUAGUGUGUGUGCAGUAGUUCCUCAAACGCCAAAUCCAGAACCAGUUGUGUGGCUUUUAAAGAAAGACUACAGCACACUGUCCACUCGCUUUAUUCUCUAUAAUAAGCAUGAGUCAGGCAGGUGAUGAAUGU